AAUGGUUUGUGUGCAUUGUACAAGCCUAAGAAAAAAGAGUGAGGAUGAGAUAAAGAGAAAGAAAGAGAAAAUCCGAGAGAGUUUUCUUACCAUUGUAGUGCAUCAAGGAUAAAUGGCAAGAGGAGUGAAUUGUAUUGCUCCAAAAACCAUCAUGAACCUUAUUAUGCUCAUUUCGGUUCUCUGCUUAUGCACCAAAUCAGUCAAAGUUGAAGCACAAGCUUCGCGUCUGCCUGCUGCAGAAGUGGAAGCACUAAAAGAAAUAGCAACACAAGUGGGAAAAAAAGACUGGAACUUCAGCAUAGAUCCAUGCAGCAAUGGCACAAAUUGGGCUACCAAAAAAUCUGAUGACUUGCCUCUAUACAACAACACUCUCAUAUGCAACUGCUCUUACCCUGAUGGUUUCUGCCAUGUUGUCAGCAUUUUUCUUAAAGGGCAAGAUCUUGCUGGUGUACUUCCACCAUCUGCUGCAAAGUUACCCUACCUAACAAGAGUAGAUUUUACCAGGAACUACCUUACCGGUACUAUUCCGCGUGAAUGGGCUUCUACAAAGUUGGAAUUUCUGUCCGUUACUGUGAACAAUUUAUCAGGACCAAUCCCUGGCUACUUGGGAAACAUAAGCACCCUAAUAUAUAUGAGCUUGGAGAAUAACAACUUUUCUGGAACUGUUCCUCCUGAGCUUGGGAAAUUGGUUAACUUGAACAAUCUCAUUCUUAGUGCAAACAAUCUCACAGGAGAGUUGCCACUGGCUCUUACUAAUCUGACUAAGUUAACAGAACUUAGGAUUAGCAGUAACAACUUCACAGGAAGAAUACCUGAUUUUAUUCGAAGCUGGAAACAACUUCAGAAAUUAGAGAUCCAAGCUAGUGGUCUCCAAGGGCCCAUUCCGUCUAGCAUUUCUGCCUUGAGUAAUUUAACAGAACUAAGGAUCAGUGACAUAAAUGGAAAGGGUUCAGAAUUUCCACCCUUGAGUAGUAUGACAGGCAUGGGAAGUUUAAUGCUGAGGAGCUGUAACUUAUCUGGACGCAUCCCCCCUUAUAUAUCAGCAAUGACAACAUUGAAAAUAUUGGCAUACUGCACAGUUUGCUGUCUUCACUUGCCUAAUUUUCUUUUGAACCUAACUGAUUUCGCAUGUAUCAGGAACUUGUUCAAAAGCUUUUCUGCACGAGACAACUCAUUAUUUGGAGAGUGUCUGAGCAGCUAUCCUUGUCCAAAAGAUCUGUACUCAUUACAUAUAAAUUGUGGUGGAAAGGCAACCACCAUUGGACGAAUUAACUUUGAAGGGGAUCAAGACUCAGGAGGUGCAGCAAAAUUUGUUCCUUCGAGACCUAACUGGGGAAUCAGUACUACUGGACAUUUCUGGAAUGUUAAUUCCACCUCUAAUGACUACAUAGCAAAUAAUGCAUCCACACUUGGAAUGAACAACUCUGAGUUGUACACAAGUGCACGCCUAUCUCCUCUUUCUCUCACGUAUUAUGCACGCUGUUUCGGAAAUGGAAACUAUACUGUGAGGCUUCACUUUUCGGAGAUAAUAAUCCGAGGCAAUAGAUCUUUUUACAGUCUUGGAAGACGGAUAUUUGAUAUCUAUAUUCAGGAGAAACUGGUGUGGAAGGAUUUUGACAUUGAAAAGGAAGCACGAGGGGUUGAUAAGGAAGUCAUUAAGGAACUUAAAGCAGUUGAGGUUAAGAACACAACUUUAGAGAUCCGAUUUCAUUGGUCUGGGAAAGGGACAACAGUUUGUCCAAAGAAAGGAACAUAUGGUCCUCUUAUAUCAGCUAUCUCUCUAGAGUCUGAGUUCCCGCCUCCUCAUGAUAAGAAAAGCAAGGUACCUAUUGUGGUGGGAGCUUCAGUUGGAGCUUCGGUUUUGUGCCUCAUUUUCUUGAUUUUAGGCAUUCUUUGGUGGGAAGGCAGUCUGGAUAGCAAGACGUCAAGGGAAAAAGCUCUUAGAGAACUGGAUCUGCAAACUGGAUUUUUCACCUUCAGGCAAAUUAAAGCUGCCACUAACAACUUUGAUCUUAAAAACAAAAUUGGGGAAGGCGGUUUUGGGUCUGUCUACAAGGGUAUAUUAUUGGAUGGUACUUUAAUUGCAGUUAAGCAACUAUCAUCCAAAUCAAAGCAAGGAAAUCGGGAAUUUGUGAAUGAAAUAGGCAUGAUUUCUGGUUUACAACAUCCAAAUCUUGUUAGAUUGUAUGGAUGCUGUAUUGAAUCAAACCAGUUACUGUUGGUAUAUGAAUACAUGGAAAACAACAGCCUUGCACGUGCUUUGUUCGUUCCGGAGGAAAGUCCUUUAAAAUUGGACUGGCCUACAAGGCAGAAAAUAUGCAUAGGCAUAGCAAGAGGUCUGGCUUUUUUACAUGAGGAAUCAGCACUGAAGAUUGUACAUAGAGACAUUAAAACUACAAAUAUAUUACUAGACCGAGACCUUAACUCCAAGAUCUCGGACUUCGGGUUGGCCAAGCUUGACGAAGAGGAGAACACCCACAUUAGCACUAGAGUUGCUGGAACUGUAGGAUAUAUGGCGCCAGAAUAUGCACUAUGGGGUUAUUUGACCUACAAAGCAGAUGUCUACAGCUUUGGUGUUGUUACAUUGGAAAUUGUUGCUGGAAAGAGCAACAUGAAAUAUCGACCAAAUGAGAACUUUGUAUGCCUUGUGGAUUGGGCUCUUGUUUUACAACAAAAAGGAGAAUUAUUGGAGCUGGUGGAUCCAAGGUUGGGGUCCGAUGUGAGUGAGGAAGAGGCCAUUAGGAUGGUUAAGGUAGCUCUCUUAUGCAUCAAUGCAGCACCAGCGCUUAGGCCUACCAUGUCUGCAGCAGUGAGUAUGCUUGAAGGGCGGACGGCUGUUUAUGAAUUGGUCACGGAUCCAAGUACUUACGGUGAUGAACUGAGGCUAACAGCCUUGACAAACCAGUUUGAUGACAAUUCAUCACAGAAUCCAAGUCAAACUCAGAGCCUUAUUCCUUCAUCAUCAGAUGCACCAUGGAUUGGUUCUUCUGCUAUUACUACGUCUUCUGAUCUCUAUAAAAUCAAUCCCAGUACUAGUUCUUGCUAUAUUUGCAGAGGAUACAUGGCACCAGAAUAUGCAUUAUGGGGUCACCUGACGUACAAAGCAGAUGUUUACAGUUUUGGAGUAGUGGCCUUGGAAAUUAUUAGUGGGAAGAACAACAAUAAUUAUAUCCCAAGUGAUGACUGGGUUUGCCUUUUAGAUUGGGCUUGUCAUUUGCAACAAACCGGAAACUUGUUGGAGCUAGUUGAUGAGAAGUUAGGGUCCGAGGUCGACCAAAAAGAAGCAGAGAUCAUGGUUAAAGUGGCUCUGAUUUGUACAAAUGCCUCUGCAUCACUUAGGCCUAGCAUGUCCGAGGUGGUGAGCAUGCUUGAAGGACAAACCCCUGUUCCUGACGUGAUCCCAGAACCAAAUACCUAUAGAGAAGAUUUGAGGUUUAAGGCCAUGAGAGACCUCCAGCGGCAGAGGCAAGAUCAUAGUUUAAGUAUCAGUGGAACACAGCAUUCAACUACGGUCCACACAUUCGAGUCUACCUCUACGUCCGGCCUUGAAUUCUCUGAAAUCAAUCCAGACUCAACACCCUCUUGACAGUUGUGGACAUUCUGGUUCUAUAGUAGCAAGUAUGUUGUAGUUUGUUGUCUUCGGAAACGCAUAUGCAGAUUAGCUGUGUAAAUAUUUUCUUUUCUGUACAUAUUUUGUUCAAUUUUCUAUUAGCUAUAUUCGUUCCAUGUUUGUCUCUGCAAA